CAACGAACUUUUUGUUUUUCUUUGUUUUUGUGCUUCAAAUCCCAUUUUAUAUUUCAAAAAUACACAAAAACAAACAAAAUAUGGGAGAUCCUUCUUUAAUGAAACAUUUCAAAGGUCACACAAAAGCUGUAACUGGGAUCGUCUUCAAUCCGUUGAAAAAUGAGAUUCUUUCGUGUUCUUCCGACAAAUCCGCCAUCAAAUGGAAUUUCGAUCAAUCGCUGCGUUGCAUAAAAUUCGAAGCGCACACCGAAUCCGUGAACGAUAUUGCUUGGGCGCCCGAUGGAUCGAUCAUGGCAACAGCUUCCAGCGACAAAACUGUUCGAAUUUGGGUUCCGACACUUCGUGGCGCCUCCGAUUUAUUUCGCGCACACACAAAACCCGUUCGUUCUGUGGAUUUCAGCUCAUCCGGGCGUAAAAUGAUCACCGGAUCUGAUGACAAAUCUUUGAAAUUGUGGCGUGUGUCGCAGCGAUAUUUCCUCUCGUCGUACACCGGGCACACAAAUUGGGUGCGAUGUGCUCGUUUUUCGCCCGAUGACAUGGUAAUUGCCUCGUGUGCCGAAGAUAAAACCCUCAAAUUGUGGGAUACGCGAACGACGGAUUGCAUUCACACGUUCACCGAUCAAAAAGGAUGGGGCAAAAAAGUGGCUUGGCAUCCAGAGGGAACUCUCGUUGCGAUCGGGUUGAAUAAUAGUCGCGUGAAAAUCUACGAUUUGAAGAUGCAAAAGUUGAUUCAGUAUUACCGCGUGAACGAAGAUGCGAUAAAUUCGUUGGAUUUCCAUCCGAAUGGGAACUACAUGAUUGCCGGAAGUGACGACAGCCAAAUAAAAAUCCUGGAUUUGCUCGAGGGACGUCAAUGUUACACGAUUACAGGACACGAUGGACCCGUAACUGCUGUGAAAUUCUCCAAAGAUGGCUCGCAUUUCGCUACUGGAGGCGCAGAUUGUCACAUCAUGCUUUGGCGAUCAAAUUUCGACAAAGAAGUCUCAAUAAGCGACUCAUCGAUCGAAAAUUUGCAAAAAGAGAUAAACCUCAAGACGAUAAACGACGAAAAUACCGAAGAAAAUGAGCCACAAGAACCUUCAAAGGCCGAAGAUGACGACAGCGUGAUAAUAGACCCUCGAAAAUCCGAAAAUUACGAAUUAUCAGACAUCAUAGAGGAAACUUCAACAAAUCCACAAAUUAAUGAGCUUCGAGCUGAUAUGAGGAAGAUUCGUGAAGAAGUUGAGUAUUUGAAGGCAAAAAUGGCGGAAAUGGAUAAACGUGUAAACAAUAGAAUUAGAUUUGAAUGAGGAUCAAAUCAGCUGAAACAGGAAAAUAAGACUGGAAUAAGUGCCAAAUGUAUUUUUUAAAGAUAAUAUUUAA